AUGUCUGCCAGCAACGAUGUCUACCAGACUCCCCUCAACUCGCGCUAUGCGAGCAAUGAGAUGAAGUAUCUAUUCUCGCCUCGCAUGCGUUUUUCGACCUGGCGCAAGCUGUGGAUCUGGCUCGCGGAGUCCCAGAAAGAGCUUGGCCUUCCUAUCACCGGGGAUGCUAUUGAGCAGAUGAAGGCUCAUGCUACCAUCCAGGACGAUGAGUUCGCUGUUGCCGCCGAGGAGGAGAAGCGUCGCCGACACGAUGUCAUGGCCCACGUCCACGCCUUUGGCCUGGUCGCUCCGGCUGCUGCUGGUAUCAUUCACUGGGGUGCUACUUCGUGCUACUGCACUGACAACGCUGACCUGAUCCUGCUCCGCGACGGUCUCGACAUCCUGAUUCCCAAGCUUGCCGUUGUCGUUGACAAGCUGUCCCAGUUUGCUCAGCAGUACAAGGACCUGCCUUGCCUGGGUUUCACCCAUGGUCAGCCCGCCCAGCUGGUUACCGUCGGCAAGCGUGCUUGCUUGUGGAUUCAGGAUCUGUUGAUGGACCUACGCAACCUCGAGCGUGCCCGUGACGACCUCCGCUUCCGUGGUGUCAAGGGCACUACCGGUACCCAGGCCUCCUUCCUUCAGAUCUUCGAGGGUGACCACGACAAGGUUGAGAAGCUCGACGAGCUCGUCACCGAGAAGGCUGGCUUCAGCUCCGCCUUCAUCAUCUCCAGUCAGACCUACUCGCGCAAGAUCGACGUGGACGUCGGCAAUGCUCUGGGCUCGUUCGGUGCUACCUGCGAGCGCAUUGGUAUUGACAUUCGUCACCUUGCCAUGCUCAAGGAGGUUGAGGAGCCUUUCGAAAAGGACCAGAUUGGCAGCAGUGCUAUGGCCUACAAGCGUAACCCCAUGCGCUCCGAGCGUCUCUGCUCUCUCGGUCGUCACCUGCAGAAUCUCCCCAAGGACGGUCUGGACACCUACUCUGCCCAGUGGUUCGAGCGCUCCCUGGAUGACAGCGCUAUCCGCCGUAUCAGCAUUCCUGAACUUUACCUGUGUGCUGAUGCUUACAACGUUUCCUCCGGCUUCGUCGUCUACCCCGAGGUCAUCAAGCGUCAUGUCAACGACGAGCUCCCCUUCAUGGCUACAACGUGA